ACACUUUACACGAGAAACGCGACAGACGAUAAACCCCACGGAUAAACCGAUACGCAAAGGAAAGCCAACAACAAUUCUCUAUUCCAUCAUCUCCAAGAGACUUUGUACCCUUGAAGCUCUUCUUAUAAAAAUGGGGUCAUACUACGACAUUGAUUCAAUUCUCACCGAUUCUCAGAAAGUGCCGUGUACAUUUGAGCUGAGUGUGCCAGGGCUAGGAUAUCUCAGCGGCAAUGCGGGUGGAGAUAUGAAACAAGGCACACGGUGCGAGCUACCACUGUGGCUUGCGGAGAUGCUGGCAGUAAGCUUGGGCAAUUCGGCACCAAUUACGUUGGACAUUCCAGAUGCGCUUUCUCAGCGGGUGCUUAAUGCGCUCAAGGCAUCACCCCGGAGCGUGGAUCUUAGAGGUCAAGCACCGCACUUUUACCGGCUUGGCACGCGCAUUUUAGAUCUUUUCGAGGACGAGGAAAUUGUUGAUGUAUUAACCGAGUCUUUCAAAAAACGUGCAGCAGAAAUUGCAGAUCAUGCAUACAAUCCUCGUGGUGCUCUCGGUGAGGGCGCCGACUUCUUGCAAGGUAUCGAUGAAUCAGAAAGAGAACUGUUUCGGGCUGCGCACAGUAGUGCCAAAGCCAUGCGUGAGUGGAUGGGAGAGAUGAAGAAAAAGUGAUGUGCAAAAGCACUGCCAAGGAGAAAAAGACAAAAGGG